AUGGCAACAAACUCCAGCCGCGGGAAUGACAUCGCGGCCGAAGACGGCCCACCAAAGCAGAACACGCCCUCCACGCCACACGUCUCGGCCGAGCUGAAAUCCGACAUCCGGCAGCGCACAGAGGGGGGAGGAGGAGGCGUAGCUGCAUCGGGCGGGUCGGCAGGCCUGCACGCCACGGGCCAGGACGCCGGGUCCGUUGCGCCGGGGGCACAUGUCGAGACUGUUGACGAGGUUAUAGGGGGAGGAGGAGGAGGAGAAGAAGGAGGGGCGAGCAGAGAGGGGAAGAAGAAAGCGGGUUGA